AUGUUGAACAACCUUCGUUCGCUGCGGCAAAUCAGUUUCCUUUCAGUAUUUGGCAUUGCGUUACUCACGUUAGCGCAAAUUCCGCACGGCGGGUGUGAAACAGGUGAGGAUUGCCAUGUUUGAAUUGAAAUUUUACAAGAUGGACAAGAUUUAGAAUUUCCAAAUUCUUCCAUAUUUAGAAAUGUUGUUAUGUUUAGCUCAGAUUCAAUUUUCCGCUUAAUGCACGAUCGUGAGAGAAGAAGUGUUGCUUUUUGCUUGUUGUGUUAAAUUUAAAACAACUUUAGAUGUACCAAGUCUUUGCUUUGCUCGGCUCGAGGAACUUCUUUGCAAGGAGCAAUGAUCGACGUAUUUAAAUAGCGUUACUCAUUGUUAUGUAGAUGACACUCAAUCAAGUCAGUUAUUAAUUGUUUCAAACUGCGCAUCCUUCUUUCUUUAUGCCAGCCGGCUUUAAAACACUAACAUCAUUAAACUUAUGUUAAUACACGUAUCACUUAAAGACUGAAAUUACAGUUCAGCGUAGGAUAUUCUGCACUGAUAAUGAUUCGCUCUCUGGUUUAGCUUGUCUUAAUAACCUAUCGACUUUGCUUGCCGUUCCCUGUCAGAUAAAUGAAGAAAUGAAUCUUUAGUGCAGUACAUUAAAAUGUACGUGAUUGUGGAUAGUUUCCUUAAUGAGUCAAAAGUCUUAUCUCAACGGGGCUCUCGAUUUCUUUUAUUUUAGUUUCUGUCAUUUCGAAAAAGUUACUUUCGUAAACCUUAAAAAAUACGAACCUAAGUUAGAAUAUAAUCAUUUCGUUUUCUCCCAAGAAACCGAAACCUUUCCAGAAGUCAAAUGGAUUCGAUUUAGUUAAAUCCCGGCUUUUCUCAGAAUUAUGAAGUCAAUUUUCAUUUCCGUAUUGUAGAAUGGUUAGUUAAAUCCUAGCUUUUCUCGGAAUUAUGAAGUCAAUUUUCAUUUCCGCUAUUGUAGAAUGGUCUGUUCUUGUCUUUGAUCACAGUUUGUCAGGGACUGUUUAAAAACAAAUAAUCACAUCGAUGAGCCUUGAAAUAUUUCAGAUACAAUCGAAUUAAUGCUUCUAUUUUUGGAAGUAACUUAAGUUAUCUUAGGAAGAGAAAAAAUUUUAAAGAUUUUAUCAUGUGGUGUUCGACAACUGUUCUUUGUUCUACACCAAUUUUCAGUAAAUAAAAGAGCGGAUGCAAAUUCCUCUAUUCGAAUAGCUAAUUUUUUAAGGAGGUCACGCCAUCACCCAAAAACUAUAUAUUAACUAAAUUAAAUAUAACUAAUUUAUAAUACAGGCAUUCUGGAGCAAAAGCAUUCAUCUUUUUCACGUUGUUUCAAGCUCUUGAAUGUUUUAACAAUAGAUGGGUUUACUAAACUAACAAAGCCUAAAAACAGGCGAAGCUCUUGACAUUAUUUUUUUUAUAAACCUUGCACGUUCGAGUAAGGGAUAAAACUCUAAUCUGCCAGUAUACUCAAAAUAGACCUGCCGUCUAACUCUUUAAUCUCUUCGAGUGCAAUAUAUCCCUUGAAUUAAAUGUUUGAGUGAGGAGAAUAAAGGAGAUGAUCAGCGACUAACGAGACUCCUGAUGGUUUUACAAAUUCUCCUAGUUAGAACCUUGAAAAUGUUCAGAGAACAGUAUGGAGAAUAUGCAUUAUGAUGUUAGGGUGUGAAGGGUCGAUGAGCGCAAGAGAAAUACAGACAGAAAAAGAGGAGAGAGCCUUUAAAGUCACGAAUCUAAUUUAGGGCCCAGUCUAACUCAAAUCAAUCUAAGCACAAGAAAAACGAGACAUGAGAUCAAAUAGGUAAAAAAAAUAUUGGCUUUAACGUCAAAUGUCGUCUUAAAUCCAAAUCUUAAAAGAAUUUGAAACUUUUUCAGUGCAUCCGGCCAAUUGCAGCGGAUGGAUGCCGUCGAACAUCUCAGACGUGUGGGAAGCGUGUGAUAAUGGUCGUUACAUCAAACGUACACUUUCAAAAUGCAACGAUAGCUCAACUAUAAAAUUACUACGUUACAAGUGUACGGACGGGUAUGGAUCGUCAACUAGCUGCAGUUGUGAAGGUAGGCUAAAAAAAUCAUAUUGUGAAGUUUUCGUGCUUACACUCUGUCCGAGCGCAGUCAAUCAGACUUCUACUUGCCUAAAAACACAAAAGCGUAUCGCAUGUUCUGCAAACCAUAGUCUCUGCUUUAAAAAAUCGACGGUUUCAAAUUCUCCACACCUAGCAAGCACUCGUAUAUUAGGACUCUUAGUAGCUUUUUAGAGCAUAAGUAAAUUGUAACAAAUCUGGCAAAAAUGAUUGACACAUCCUCGAUAGUGUAGAGGUGAGUAUCUCCGCCCGUCACUUGGGAGAACGGGGUUCGAUUUCCCCCGGAAAGAAUAUGAAUUUCUUCUUUAUUUUCUCUACAUACUCUACCCCCCUUAACCCUUUAAUUUAACUCCCAGAUCAAAUUUGUAAUUUUCUUUACUAUCAACCAUACAAUCCUUAUAAUUUUAGUUCGGAGAAUUUAGUAUCGGAUCAACUUGUCACUUAUCUAGUUGAUAUUGUAUUGAUAUUGUAAGGAGAAAUUCUGUCUUAGUGGGAGUUAAAGGGUUAAACGAUUUCCCAAUUCUAAGCAUCCACUUAGAUACUGAUUGUGUAAGAUAAAUAAUUUCACCUUUCGGCUGAAAUCGAUUUAACAUUUCAAAGUUAACAUUAACUAAGAAAAUUAUUUCUUUUAUUUAAGAAAAACCUACAGAGGCAGGAAAACUUGGAGUGCCAGAAAUGUUCCUCUAUGGCUUAGCAGUUGGAGCUACUUGUAUAUUUUUCCCAACUCUCUUCUUUGUUUGUAUGUUACAUUGUUACAAGAAGAAAAAAGGAAAGGAUGGAUCUUUGAGCCAAAAAAAUGAAGCGAUACUUACAGAAACGCAGGACACGAUAGAAGAAGACUUCAGUCCACCCAAAAGACACGCAGAAGAAGCUGAGACACAAAACGUAGGACAAUCACAAGAAUUGUCGGAAGUCAAAGGAAAACGCAUCUACGAGAAUGUUGUUCGCAAGGCCAAUGAUUCUCCGGAAAAUAGCAAAGCAGGAGCUUCGGAAAGUCGUGCACCAGAAGCUACCGAAAGUGGCAACGAAUUCAGCAACGGAUGCAAUCUGCAAGGUGUAAAACCUUCGGGAAAAACAGCUAAAGGUCGCAAAGGGUAUCUUCAGAUAAAACGGGAGAAAACAGGAGAAGGACAUCCCUUGUACGAGAACUGCGAAGGAAGUCGGCGUUACAUGCAUCUCGCACCAGAGAACAAAAUACAAAGAGAUACACCCGAUGCGAAAAGCGCAAAAGCGAAGGAGAAAGAAGACGCCAAAGGCCUUCGAAGUGUCAGCUUGCCCAUUAAGACACAAAGAGAAUUACCGAAGAAUACUGGAACAGAGCCACGUUGUCAACCUUCUUCUCCUGCGUAUGUUAACGCGCACAUGGCGAAAUUGAUAGUUUCGGCAAAAAACACACCGAAUGAAAAAACAUGA